AGGCCUUAAUUAAUACAUAGUCAAUUUUGAAAGAAGUUCUCCCACUCUAGUAAAUAAGAAACUCAGCCGCAUCCUCUCCUUCCUUUAUUUUUUUCUCCUUUUUAGUGGAUUUAACUUUUGGAGCCAACGGAUAAAUAGCAAAGAAUAUAACAUGAAACAAGAACCACCACCAACUCCGCCGCUGCACCACCGCCACCACCGGAAGAGACUGGUGGUUUUUGAGCUAAAGAAGUUCACUAAACCUAUUGCUUAUUUUAUCCUUCUCCUAAUAAGCUACUUUCUAGGUUAUCUAUCUGCACCCUCUUCCACCUUGAACAAACCUGUUAUUACAUCAAGAAUUCCUCUCGAAACAAUACCAGCGACCACCUUCAGGCCCUCCACCACCAGCACGUCGGCCGCCGGCACAGUAGCUGACCACAACAGCUUUUCACUUCAGUGUGUCGAUCCAGUUAAGUCGGAAAAAGUCCGCCAAACAGUUCUUGACCGAGUUUUCCAUGGCAAGUCCCCGUGGCAAAACUUCCCCCCUGCGCGCGUUAGCGCCUUCCUCCUCCAGAACCGGAUUAGAGGUUGGGGAUCAACCGGCGCAGUCUUUGAGAACCUCGUCCGGCGUGUGAGGCCCAAGACCAUAAUUGAGGUAGGCACGUUUCUAGGCGCGUCGGCUCUUCACAUGGCGAAGUUGACACGCCAACUCGGGCUCAAGACUCAGAUACUCUGCAUUGACGAUUUUCGGGGCUGGCCUGGAUUCUUGGACAAAUUCAGGGACAUAAAAAUGGUGAACGGCGAUGUCUUGCUCAUGUACCAAUUCAUGCAAAACGUAGUUUAUGCAAAUGCCACAGAAUCAGUCCUAUUCAUGCCGUUCUCCACCUCGUCAGCUCUCGAUAAGCUCUGCGAGUGGGGCGUGUUUGCUGAGUUGAUUGAGGUCGACGCGGGUCAUGAUUUUCACUCGGCUUGGACGGAUAUAAACAAGGCCUAUAAGAUUUUGAGACCCGGUGGUGUCAUUUUUGGGCAUGACUAUUUUACUUCUGCUGACAACAAAGGCGUUAGAAGGGCUGUCAAUUUGUUCGCUCGACUCAAUAAUCUCCGAGUCCACGUUGACGGUCAGCACUGGGUCGUCAAUUCGAACUAACUCGUUCGAAUUUUUAUACAGUUGAAUAUACUAUGAUUUGGUUUGUCGCGUUACUUUAAAAUUUAUGAAAGGUUUGACACAUUGUGGCAAAUAGAAUAGAACAAUAUUACACACACAAGGGGGGGAAAAAAAGGAAUUGCGUAUGCACUGAAUGGAUAAUUUGUGAAAAGCGUUAAUCCAUUUAACGACAUUUGUUCAUAGUCGACGUGUCGAGUACAUUGGUGUGUUCUAUAGUAAAAAUAACAGCUUUGUGCAAUAGAUUCACAAAUUGUAUCUUA